AUGGCAGCUCACUCUUUGAUCAAGGGCCUCAUCGUCGGGUCAGGUCUCCUCGCGGCCGCCGUGCAGGCUUCCUCGGGAGAUCAUCGCCUGAAUGCUCGAGACAAUGGCGGCUACAGGCCUGAGCCCCAGGGACAUUUUGUCUGCGUCGAGCAGCACAAGAUCGUCAAGGUGACCGUCGGUGAACCCGGGGGCGAGUGCACCAUGACGACCACGUACCCCGGGACCUCUGGUGGUUACCUCAUCCAGGGGACAGUUCUGUACCGACUCAACUUGGAGACUGGCGAUAAUCCGGCUGUCAACGAGAACGUCGGGCCUGGCGGUAACAUCAAUGCCAUCGGUUAUAACAUCCUUGACAAUUACCUCUAUGGCUUUGUGGCCGUGAGUGGCGGCCGCUGGCAGCUGAUCCAGAUUGACGCCGAGGGUGGCCACCAACUGCUUCCCCUCACGGUUGACCGUUUCUACAGUACGGGAGAUAUUGACGCCAACGGCCAGCUGUGGAUUGGGGCAUCCGGGACUACGGCUUGGGCACAGAUCGACCUGGACCCUGAUUCGGCGAGGUACGGACAGCUCGUAGAUUCAGGCACUAUGAAAGUCCCAGGAAACUUCGUUGCUGACUGGGUGUUCCUUGAGAACGGUGGCCCAUACCUCUACUCGAUUGCCUGGUCGACCACAGCUCGCCUUGUUCGCUGGUCCAUCGAGAGAAAGGAGUGGUCGGAGGUCCGUGACUACGGCAACGUCACGCCCGCGGCGCCUCAGUUCGGCGCCCUGUAUGCUGUUGGCGAUGAAAUGUGGGGAAGCGACAACACCUCUGGCAAAAUCAUCGCGUUCCCUGUCCUGGACGAUAAUGCGCCGGCGAGGGAUAUCAGCGCAGGGCCGCCAUCGAACAGCAACGAUGGUGCGCGUUGCUUCGCCGCCCCAGCACCUUCGAACCGCUAA